CCUCCCACUGGCGGGUCAGUAGGAGGAGUCUGGAGAGCAGACGUGGCAAAGCAGAACGUCACCAUCACGCGCCGGUGGUUGACUCUACAUGGUGGAACAAAGAUAGCUGCAGGAUAGAGAACUGAACGCUGGUCCUCCGCCGAGAAGAUGAUGGAAGAAAGUGGAGUAGAGACGACUCCUCCCGUCAGCCCCUCAGCAGCAGCAGCAGCAGCUUCAGCCAGCAGCCCACCAAACAGCGCUGCAGGUUUCUCCAGUCCCAUGUCUCUCCCAGACAACAACACCGUCACCAUUGGGCCAUCAUCAGGCUUCGCCCCUCCCCCCUCUGUUCCAGCCCUUCCUCCCUUCAGCAGUCCUCUGACCACAACCUCUUCUUUUUCCUCCCUCCCUGCUUCUUCGUUCGCCCCACCUUUCACCAGCAGCCCUCCCUUCCCAUACUCUGCCCCGCCAUCGUUGCCACCACUGGCCUCCUCUGCUGGACCACCUCCAGCACGUGGUCUAGCAGGCCCCCCUGUAAGCCCGCCCAUGUCUAGCUUCUCUAUGAGUGCUGGCUAUGACAUCACACGGGGACAUGCAGGUCGGACCCCACAGACGCCAUUGAUGCCUACAUUCUCUAGUCCUUCUGUGAUCCCAGGUGUGAUGUCCAACACCAUGGUUCAGCAACCCAUCAUGAAAGGAGGAAUAGAUGCAGAAUCUCCCAUCACUUUUCCAGAGGACCAGGAGGAUCCGAGAGCGUCUGAAGACACCAGUACUGGAGGAGGUCUCUGGGGCUUUUUUAAGGGAGUAGCAGGAAACCCAGUGGUGAAGACAGUCCUGGAUAAAACCAAACACUCGGUGGAGUCCAUGAUCACCACUCUGGACCCAGGCAUGGCUCCAUACAUGAGGUCUGGUGGGGACAUUGAUAUUGUGGUGGCUUCAGAUUUGGAGACAAACGUGGAAGCAAUCAGAGAUGCCUUCCAGGAAGUGUUUGGGAUGGCUCUGGUCACUGGAGAGCCGGGCCAGUCUAACAUCGCCCCUCAACCGGUGGGCUACGCUGCUGGAGUCAAGGGGGCUCAGGAACGCAUUGCCAGCCUGCGUCGGGCCGGGGUCAUCCACCAGAAACAGCCAGUGGUCUCUGUGGAGUUCUUCAUUGCUGAGCUGUUUCCUGACAAGUGGUUUGACAUUGGCUGUCUGAUUCUGGAGGACCCUGGUCACAGCAUUCACAUCGAGGUCUUCACCCAGGCCACUCCUCUGGCUCUGGACCACAUCCAGCAGGCUCAGGCUCUGACCCCUCCUGACUACAGUCUGCGCUGGUCCGGUCUGAUUGUUACCGUGGGUGAGGUUCUGGAGCGCAGUCUGCCCAACAUCAACAGAGCAGACUGGCACUGGUCCAUGACAGGAAUGAGCCAACGCCAGAUGAUCCAGAGUGCAGCCAAAGUUCUGGCAGGACUCUACAGACAGAGGCUGCCCCCCAGGACUCUGUGAGUCCAGAUGGAUCCGGUUUUGUCACAUGGUGGGAGAAGUGGGGACACACAGGACAAAGAGACAGUGGGACUGCCCCAUCCAUGUAGUUCCUCCCCUUAUUUCAGGGUGUUUUUUUUAAUUAUGUUUCAACAGAUUUUAUUUUGAGCUGAAUCUCUGUUUCCUGAGUUCUGUUAUUGUUGCAGACCCUGCCAGGUAUCCAGCCAGCCUGGAUCAGUCAUCAUGUGUUUGAAGAUGUUGGUUCUGUUUCUGUAACGGUUCUGAUUAUUGAGUAAAGGAACACCAUGUAUCUGAUGGUCUUCACUGGACUGAUGUUACUGGGCACACAGCUGACCCACGUUACACUGAAAGCUCACGAUACCAGUAGCACCAGUGACAUGGAACAGGUAACGCAUCACCAGUACCGUACCACCAGAGAAACCAGUAACAUGCUGCUGCCAGUUCCAAAUUUCUACCUUUCCAAAUAUUUUCUAGUGACUGUCAUCAUGUUACUUUGUUCUUAUCUGUAAAUAAAAAUUAGAAAGUA